AUGGAGCCGACGGCCUUCAGAGGGGUGAGUUUGAGUUCUGACUUUAAAACACAUUAAUCAUUUAACUGUUAAAAAAAUUAUUAAUUCUUCUCAUGUAAUCAUAGAAAGUAUUAAUACAGUUUUAUUUACUCUGUGUGUGAUUUUUCUCUUAUUUAAAAAAGUGAAAAUCUUUAAGUUUUAUUUUUCAUUUACAUAAUUUUAGGUGAUUUUUUUAUGUUUGUCUGCAGAUGAAUCAACAGGAAAAAAGACUCAUUAGGACCUGAAACUGGUCAAUAAAAUUCACUUUAAAUCAUUUAAACGAGGAUUUGACUCAGUCAGUAAAAAUAUAAAGAUGAUUUAAUUGUGCUUUUUAAAAAUGUAUGACUUGUAAAUUAUUUUCAUGUUUAAAUAAAAAUAUAAAAUGAGGUAAAAAUGUCAGAACUGACUUUUUAAACCCACAUGAAAAUAUUUUAAACGCAGAAGAUUAUUUGUUUUCCCUGCAGAUUAAAGAGUUUUUACUGUGAUUUCAGACAAAAACAUAAAACAAUAAUAAUCUUAUUUAUGUUUGGAUGAAGUUUGAGGAUAUUUAAUCAUUAUAAAUAUCUGUAACAGACGUAAAAUAAUCAGUUUAACCCUCAUGCAGUAUUGGUGACAGAAACGUCCACUAAGAGUCACUUUUUCCUCUUAAUUUCUCCAGAUUUACUUCCUUCAGUGGCGUUAGUGACUACAAAUUAGAGUGAAGUUCAGAUGUUCUCAUAAACAUCAUAAAACAGAAACUAGGCGAGUAAAACAACAGGCCUGUGUCACGGGUAAAUGUGUGAACCAGGUGAUCAAUAAUAAAAUUACCUAUUUUUUCAGGAGGUGGGCAGAGUGAGCGGACCGGACCAGAACUCUGCAGGAUCCACCUUCAGUGAGUGACGAAAUCCAGACUCUGCUCAAACGUCCCUGAAUUCUGAACUCGAGGUUUUUACCGAUCUCUGUUUCUGUUUCAGGUAAACUCCAGCUGUUAGACUGGUGUCCACCUCAGCAGCAGUACCUGAAUCUGACCAGCAGGGGGCAGAGCGGCCCGUCACACACUCAGACUGCUGCCGCUGCUGUGAGCGUGUGUGUGUGUGUGUGAACCCCGUCCUUCGAGCCGAUAUGUCUCCCUUCAAACACCAUCAGUGUGACUGUGACUCAGAGUCUGUGGAGCUGCUCCAGGCGUGUCAGUGUGUGUGUGUUUGUGUGUGUGUGUGGACCAUACUGUGGUGUUUAUUUGCGCUCUUGUCAGUUUCUUUUCUCUCAUAAAAACAGCUGAAAGCAGAAACACAGAAACGCCCCGAGCUUCUGUCGCUUUUGGUCGAAAUCAAACUUUUAACUUUUUCUGAACAAACAAAGAGUCAAAUUUAUGAAAUUAUGUUUAUAUAUAAACAAUUAUAUUCAUGAAAUUAAACUGUUAGAAAAGUCUAGAUGUAGAGUAACUAUCGUCACAGAUUCGUAAAAUCACGAUAACCUUCGUUUCUCUCUCCCUCCCUCAGUCCUCCGUCCAUCCUCUCGUUCCUCUCCUCCUCUACAGCGACAGACACUUCCCUCCCUCCUCCCUGUACGGCCAGCCAAUCAGCGCCUCCGCUGCCCUGCAGGCCGACGCCCCCUCCAAGUUGCGCCAGUGCUACCAUGGCAACCACAACAACAACAAGUGAGCUUAACGACAAGUUCGGCGUAUUUCAAAGAACAGUGACUUUAUCAGAGGCGGAAACACAACGGUUUGUCUGUUCGUAGUUUUUAGAUUAAUUAUCGUUAAAUUUGAAGAAUUUUUUAUUAGACUUCUUAAUCUUGUUUUCCUGAUUUUUGACUCAAAUUAUCAACAGAAGUCUUUAAAUCACGACCUAAAGUAACCUCAACAUGUCGCCUGACAGCAGUGGGACGUUCGCUGUCGUCAUUUUUCUUUGAAGGAGAAAAACGUAAAAAAAGAUUUUUAAAGUUUUUUAAAGAUUCUUAAAGCUGAGCGGAGUAAACUGAGGCUAACACGCAGCUCUAAUGCUGUGUUACAGUUUCCUCUGAAGUCGGAUGUCGGGGCUGGGAAUAACGCUACACCCGAGUUGAUGGCGUCCCAGUUAACAAGUCGGAAAACCAAGAUGGACGCCUACUGUUGGCUGUUGUCAGCUGUUAGCGGUUGUUAGCGGUUGUUAGCCAUUGUCAGUUGUUGUUAGCCGUUGUCAGUUGUUGUUUGCUAUUGUCAGGUGUUGUUAGCUGUUGUUAGCCAUUGUUAGUUGUUGUUAGCUAUUUUUAGCUGUUGUUAGCUGUUGUUAGCCGUUGUCAGUUGUUGUUAGCUAUUUUUAGCUGUUGUUAGCUGUGGUCAGUUGUUGUUAGCCACUGUUAGUUGUUGUUAGCUAUUGUUAGCUGUUGUUAGCUGUUGUCAGUUGUUAGCCACUGUUAGUUGUUGUUAGCUAUUGUUAGCUGUUGUUAGCUGUUGUUAGCCGUUGUAAGGUGUUGUUAGCUGUUGUCAGUUGUUGUUAGCCGUUGUUAGUUGUUAGCUAUUAGCUAUUGUUAGCUGUUGUCAGUUGUUGUUAGCCGUUGUUAGUUGUUAGCUGUUAGCUAUUGUUAGCUGUUGUUAGCUGUUAUUAGCCGUUGUCAGGUGUUGUUAGCCGUUGUUAGUUGUUAGCUAUUGUUAGCUGCUGUCAGUUGUUGUUAGCCAUUGUUAGUCGUUGUUAGCCGUUGUUAGCUGAUGUUAGCGUUUGUUAGCGAUAGUGUUAAACAACGCAUAAUGCAAUAUUUUACACGUACAAACACCAUAUUAUCAUGUUCACAGUUAGACGUGGGUCAGUUCAACAUUUAUGACUUAUUUAAUUUCACGAAAACUAAACAGAAGUGCGAAUAAAUAAAACAUGACGAGCUCUUUCACUGUUGAUGCGCUGCGCUGCUAUCUUGGAUUAUGACGUUGUCGUCAAGUCGGGGUUGGUGAGGAUCGUCCGACUUUCCGAGUCCGAAAUCCGACUUCAGGGGGCGUUCCAGAUGACUUUCCGACUCAGAGCUCGAAAUUCCGACUUCCGAGCACAAAUGUAACGCAGCAUUAGCUUGGACACGAGACGGUUCAGGUCAAAGGUCAGCUACACUCAUAAAUAUACCUGGACGUCAUCUGCGUAACGAAACACCUCCUCUCUCUCUCUCUUUCUCUGUCUCUGUCUGUGUACGGUGGAUGUCUCUCGCCCUCAGCGGCUCACAGCUGGUGAAGAAACCUCUGAACGCCUUCAUGCUCUACAUGAAGGAGACGAGACACAAAGUCCUGCAGGAGGGGCGGGAGAGAGAGAGCGCCGCCAUAAACCGCAUCCUGGGACGCAGGGUGAGAGCGGCGAUGAUGUUUGUUGACGGGUGUCUGAAAGGAAAAGUUUGGCAAUCCCGAUCUCUCUUUCUUUUUACGUGUUUCUUCCUCUCUUUCAGUGGCACGCUCUGUCUCGCUCCGAACAGUCGAAAUAUUACGAUCUGGCUCAGAAGGAGCGACUUCUUCACAUGCAGCUCUACCCCGGAUGGUCCGCCAGAGAUAACUACGUACGUGUUUGUCGUUCAAUCGCAGAGUAACCGCUCCAAACGGAGAGAUUCAGGAAAAAAACGAGUUUUCUUUUCUUCUCAGGGUAAGAGGAAGAGGAAGCAGAGCAGGAGGUCAACAGGAAGCUGCUCCAGGUCAGGCUGAAACUAAAUAAAAGACUUCCUCCUCAUCGUUAGGUCAGCACAACACAACGUCUGCGAUCACAGAUACUUCAGCCCGUCCUCCCUCUGCUCGUCAUGUGACCACCUCCUCUUCUGCUCCCUCAUAUUUACUCUCUUCUUUAACGGCUGAUACUUCUUCAACGACAGGAGAAAUCGGGACACAUCAAACUUUGCAUCUGGAACGCCAAUUCCUACCGGAUCCAUUUGUUGGGCGAAUGUCGUGGUGGAUUACGGACAGCGGUAAUCACGAGGAACCCGCAGAUUCACGUUCAAUCACACGAUAACGAGUUGUCUCUCUAAAGACAGACACAUAGACAUAUAAGCAGUAGAUUGUGUCCUUCCAGAGGAGGAAAUCUACUUCUAGACUUCUAGAAUCAGCAUCUCCUCAUCCAUGGUGUCAUCGGGGUGAAAUGACGUCUAAAAACCUUUCACUUGUUCGUCUCCGCGAUCAGCUGAGGAGUCCGGCGAUCCUCAGAGGAACGGAAAGAAGUCGGUGUAAAUUGACACGUUAACUUGAAUGGUUACGAUCAGCUACGAUCGGAGGAUACGACCUUUUAGGAGACGAUCAGGAUGAAGGUGGAAGUUGGGGGUAACUCUCUUUUGGAAAGGACAGUUGGACUUACUUGGGACGUUUCGCCUUUCAACAAAGAACUGGAAAUCAUAGAUGCUGCAUCUUCAGUUUUAGACAAUAUCUCCAGGUUUAGGAGCAACAUCUACGUCCAUCAAGACAAAGAUUUUUUCAGGGAAGACCUUCAGAUGAUCCCAAACCAGAUUCUGACAACAGUUGAAAUGUGGAAUGUCGAACUCUUGUGAUCAGCUGAGGAGUCCGGCGAUCCGCAUAGGAACGGAAAGAAGUCGGUGUAAAUUGACACGUUAACUUGAAUGUUUACAAUCAGCAACGAUCGGAGGAUACGACCUGCUGUCCGUAAUCUGCCAUGAAAUUCCCCUCACAAAUGGAGCCGACAGGAAUUGGUGUACGGAGAAAUCCACUGCCGUUCUGGAUGCGUUGGAAAUCCCGAGUUAGCCCGACUCCAAUCGGAAUUUGAGAAUCCCGAUUGGAGUCGGAGAACUCUCAUUGACACACUACUUUUGGGGAGGAGGACACGUUUCACGUCAAUAAUUCGAUUUUCUCAGCUGCAUGUAAACGCCGACAACGAGAGAAGUCCGAUUCGGCAAAAAAAAAAAAAACGAAUUAUGAGUUUAGUCCGAUUAAACUGUGACUGUAAACGCACUGAGUGUUUUCUUUAGUUAACGUCCGACGAAUUAGCCUCUCGCUUGUUGUAGACGGCAUUUUAAUAACAGGUAGUAACAAGCCGAGAGACGAUGUAUCGCCAUCUAGUGUAGAGAAGACAGACGUACUUCUGUCAAAUGGAUUCUUGUCCGGUUCUUAUAAUCUGGGACGAGAACAGAAGUCGACUAAACGGUGCAUGAAAACGUUCAUCUUUCAAAGCUACGAGAAGAGGGUUGCCACUAGGGGGCAGUCUGAGGUCACACUUUACACACCAGGACCUGACCUUUCCAAAGUCCAGAUUAAGUCAGUCAUAUAUGAAUGUGAUGAUCGUGUUUUACGCUGCGUUCGAGUUUCCUCAGAGGUCAGAUGUCCGAGCUGAAAAUGACAUCACACCUGAGUUCCCAACGUUUCAGGUACAAAGUCGGAAAAAAAAGCAAAAUCGGAGGCGAAAGUUAUUUUAGCGUUUGUCAUAUUCGGACAAGGUAAUAAAUGUAGCCAUCUUGUUUAAGGCUUCCGAUUUUGCUUUUUUCCGACUUGGUAACUGAAACGCUGGGAACCUCGGGUGUGACGUCAUUUUCAGCAUCGACAUCUGACUUCCGAGGAAACUCGAACGCCGCUAAAGUCGUCUAAUUUUCUUGUUUUUCCUCCAGUUGGACCCUCAGCGCCGGAUGA